UGUUUUUUUGUUUUAGGACAACAAGAAAUAAGACAUGCACCAAUGGCUUUAGUUUUGAAGCUUUCAUAAUGCGGUAGUAUUCUUGUACAUGUAGUUCAUGUUUGUGAUAUUCAGCCGUGAUAUUAUUACACUUUAACAGCUACGUGUCAGAACAGUGACUCCUGCUAAACUGAGGAUGAGGAAGAGGGAGGAAGAGUCUUGUGAACAGUUACAGGGCGCCAGCCUCGACUCACCCUUGUGUCUCAGUUUGACACAGAGCUCCAACGAAGGCAUCGACAAUCCCACUUUUGAUGCUAUGGAUUUUGAGAAAGAAACCAAGACAGAGCUGGAAGAUUUACUUCUCUCUCUUGAGGGGCUAAAAGUUCAUCUGGAUGAUAUUGAGAGUCAGGAGGACGUUCAGCUAUUGGUGGAGCUUCUUCUUCAGAGUGAUUUCCAGAAGGUUUUCUUCAUGCACCGCAGCGUCGCUCUGACUAUGAGACACCUCCAUCUGUCACACCCGCUCACAGCACACGCCCUACAGCUCAGAGAUGAGGUGGAAAAUGUUUUACAGUCGUACAGUAAAUAUACUGAAGCUACAGAUCUUACAGACCUCUUGAGUUCCCCGCAUCUACAGGCCCUGAUGGAAGCUCAUGACUGUAUAGCCCAACAGAAAUUGAACAUGGACUCAACUGAAACCAUGGAGCCGUGUGGAAAGACCACGAAAUUGGUCUGUCUGGAGAAAACACGUGACGUACCUCUGGGUGUGACGGUUCGAAACCAUCAUGACUGCGUGAUCAUCAGUCGGGUGGUCCGCGGAGGGACAGCAGAGAAAAGUGGUCUCCUCAGUGAAGGGGAUGAAAUCCUGCAGAUCAAUGGCGUUGUGGUGCGUGGGAGAAGCGUCAAUGACGUCCACAACAUCUUGUCCAGCAUGCACGGACCCCUCACAUUUCUACUCAUCCCCAACUCUCAAAACAAAAUGUCUUCUCAGAGACAGACUUUGAUGCAUGUGAAAGCAAACUUUAACUAUGAGCCAUCCGAUGACCCGUACGUGCCGUGCCGAGAGUUAGCUCUGUCCUUCUGUAAAGGAGACGUCCUGCAUGUCAUUAGCCAGGAUGAUCCUAACUGGUGGCAGGCGUACAGGGACGGAGAUGAGAACCAAAAACCCCUCGCUGGCCUCAUACCCGGAAAGAGCUUUCAGCAGCACAGAGAAUCCAUGAAGAAAACCAUUACAGACCAGAAUCAAGAACAUAAAGGGAAACAUUGGUACUCAAAGAAAAAUAAAAAGCAACAAAUAAAACGUUUGCAUGACCCUAAUGUUGCACAGCACAUUGAUGAUAUUCUGACCUAUGAAGAGGUGGCAUUAUACCACCAGCCAUCCGACCGCAAACGUCCCAUCGUUCUGAUUGGUCAACCAAACAGUGGACAAGAUGGGUUGAGACAGAGACUGCUGUCAUUAGAGCCCAGCCGAUUCACCAGCGCCGUUCCACACACCACACGUACCCCCCGCUUGUAUGAGGUCAGUGGAAGAGAGUACAAUUUUGUAUCGCGUGAGAGCUUCGAAUCUGACCUGGCUUCAGGAAAGUUCAUUGAGUCUGGAGAAUUUGAGCGAAACCUGUACGGCACAAACACAGAUUCAGUCAAACAGAUUAUUAACUCAGGAAAAAUCUGUCUGCUCUGCCUGCAACCCAAGUCUCUUCAAGUCGUGCGUUCCUCUGAUCUGAAACCAUACAUCAUCUUCAUCAGACCUCCUGUCCUGUUGACCAAAGGAGGGAAGAAACACAAGGUCGAGGACACGAGUGAGCUCCUGAAGAAUGCCUGUGAGAUGGAGCAAAGCUAUGGUCACUUGUUUGACGCGGUCAUUACGAACAGUAAUGUAAACAAAAGUGUCUUUGAACUGAUGAAACUUAUUAACAGACUGGACACAGAGCCACAGUGGGUUCCUCUCUCCUGGGUGUGCUGA